CCAAUUGUAACUUUGACAAUGGAGAUACCUGCGAUUAUCAAAAUGGUGCUGGACAGUUUUAUUGGACGAUUAACAGUGGAUCAACACGCAGUAGUGGGACCGGACCAAGCUCUGACGCCAGCGGCAUAGGUAAACUGUUAAAUAAAAUUUAGGUCCUAGAAACAGUGAAAUAUAUGAUUAUGUUUACGAUGAGGUUUUUUAGCAUUAGCUUUGGACAUUUACGAUAAAUAACAAUCAGGUUUGAGUGGGAUCUUAAAAAUAACUUAUUCGAUAGUUAACACUAAAAAUAAGAUGGAUUGUUUAUUGACCGUCUGUCAACUGUCAGACGGUCAAUAAUCUGCCGAAAUUUAACUGCCUGCGUUUUGCUCGUCCUAUCCGAAAUAGACAAGAAAACUUAAACCUUUUUGUGUAAAGGAUCCUCAUCUGCAAUAAGUUCACAUUUCUUUUUCUUUUUGUAAGUAACUUGGAAAAAACAUCUGCUGGAUAUUGAAGCCUACUGCCUACACAGGACGCCAUGCAGAUAGUGUCCGAAAAGUAUCAAUUCUAGAUAUGCACGGUACUCACGCUCACGUUGCAAGAUGCUUACCUCUGAAAAAAUGGGCAACAUAGCUGGAUAUUUAAUAAGAGCAACUUUGUCACAUUACAAUUAAUAUUGUUUUGGUCAAUCAAAUUUUUUUCCAAAUUUUUUAAGGUUUUUAUCUGUUCAUCGAAACUUCAAGUCCACGACAGUUUGGCGAUAAUGCUACAAUUCUGACACCUUACUUGAACGGCCCACAAUGCAUGAUAUUUUCUUACCAUAUGUACGGUAGUGCUAUCGGUUACCUGAAUAUCUAUGCGAAUGAGCAAAUGAUAUUUUCAAAAUCGGGAAAUCAAGGAAACCAAUGGGUCGGUGUGAAAACACCAAUCUUACAAAGUGGAAAAUAUAUGGUGAGUAAAGAAAGCGGCAUUUCAAAUGCACUAAAAAUAGCAUAAUAUUUUAGGCAAAAACCAUUUUUUUUUUCAAAACGAGAAGGAAGAGGGCCCUGAGGAAACUUCGUUACAAACCUUGCGCAUUCCUUUCUGUGCCUGAAUACAAAAUAGCUUUUCAACUAACCCGAAGGGAUAACGUCGUCAGAGUAAAAAUGAAAAUGAUUAUCCAAUUUCUUGUUUAAAUAUUUAAGGUUAAAUUUGAAGGAGUGCGCGGUCAUAGUUACGAAGGGGAUAUUGCAAUCGAUGCUAUCAGCUUCACUCCAGGAAAUUGCUCAUUCCAAACACCAAAACCAUCAACACCUCGACCAACAACCCUUCCAACAGGAACAACAAACCCUACGACACGAGCAGGUACAGUAGUGGUUUAAUAACUUAACAUCAGUUUUUUUGUUAAUACAUGCAACCAAGUCAUUAUAUAGUAAUGAUGAUAUCAUGUUCGGGUUGUGUUCCACUGCCCUUUCAUCAUCCAAGGCCUGUAUACGGACUUCCUGAGCUUUCCUUGAAGGGCGCUACAAUGUCUUUACUUAUGUGCUUUAUCGCCGUUUUUAAACUGUGAAAUGCAGUGAGCGUGCGCAUAAAGGCUUAGGCAUAAUGUGUAGUAUAUAUAGUUCUGUAGUGUCCCACAUCCACCACACUGUCUUCUAUAGUAUAUAUAUUCUUGGUAUGUGGAAGCUCAUCAUCGGUGCACUGUGCUGAUGAGCCCCAAAAAGGGCGAAACAGCUGUUCACAGUUGCCGUUGUUUGAGCUUUCCUUGAACGGCGCUACAAUGUCUUUACUUAUGUGCUUUAUCGCCGUUUUUAAACUGUGAAACGCAGUGAGCGUGCGCAUAAACGCGUAGGCAUAAUGUGUAGUAUAUAAAGUUCUGUAGUGUCCCACAUCCACCACACUGUCUUCUAUAGUAUAUAUAUAUUCUUGGUAUGUGGAAGCUCAUCAUUGGUGCACUGUGCUGAUGAGUCCCAAAAAGGGCGAAACAGCUGUCUACAGUUGCCGUUGUUUGAGCUUUCCUUGAAGGGCGCUACAAUGUCUUUACUUAUGUGCUUUAUCGCCGUUUUUAAACUGUGAAAUGCAGUGAGCGUGCGCGUAAAGGCUUAGGCAUAAUGUGUAGUAUAUAUAUAUAUAUAUAUAUAUAUAUAUAUAUAUAUAUAUAUAUAUAUAUAUAUAUAUAUAUAUAUAUAUAUAUAUAUACAGGGUGUAUCAAAAUAAGCGCAAUUCAUCUUUUGUGCUUAAUAACUUUCGAAAUACUAUUUCUAGUUAAACGCUUUUAGGCUUACUUCAAAGCCUGUUCUUUUCUCUUUCAAACAAACCAUUAUCCUUGUCUCCAAUGCUAGUAAUAAUUGCACAGGAAAAGAUUUAGUAAAACCUAUCAUUUUUAGUUGCUGUUUAAUUAUGCAAGUUUACUAUGUUAUUGUUUAGUCGGUUUAAAUGUUAGAAUUUUCUUCUUUAAACUUUAAUGUUGUCGUCACUACAUCUGGAAAACCACGUAAGAACAAAUUAAAAGUAUUUUAAAAGAGACCACGUUGUUUGAAAAUCCUAAAUGAAUGCUAAAAAUCGUCAAAACAUUCUGGUGUCUGAGCCAUGCAGAGUGUCAUCGAAUUGCGAUGUAAUGAAAACAGAAAUUAUAGCAAGUUGAUGUCAGUCAGCUUAUAGAUGGUCCAAGCCAAAAUUAUAUCGCAUUUGAAGUUUCAAACUGAGUUAAAAAUAGUGGAAGAAAAGCCGUAAUUAUACUUAUUGUUACAAUCCAUUUAAUAAAAUGCAACAUUUUUUUGUUUUAAUGAAAAAAUCAGUUAUUUUCAUUAGAACGAUUUGUUAAUCCAUCUCAAUUUUUUAAUCUGCAAUCGCAAUAACGUAAAGUAUUAUUACCCGCGAACCAAUGUUUCAAAUUUAAGAAACAACCCACUGUUAGAAAGCUGAAUGGCUACGCUUUAAUGAAUGUAAACUUUAACGUUUUCGUCUAUUAUUUGUUUAGCAAUUUACAUUUCAGUCGAGGAUUGCGCUUUUUUUGAUACACCCUGUAUAUAUGUUUAAAGAUUUGUAAUCCAGGCAUAUUAUAAUUAUAUAUAUAUAUAUAUAUCUUAUAAUUAUAUAAACUGCAGUUUUGAUGGUGCGGAAACAUGCGAGCUAGUUGGUUUAUUCCUACUAUCCAAACUUCCUCCAGAAUAUCGAAAUGAUAUUGGUCUCUACAGAGACGAUGGCCUUGCAGCGUUUGACAAACAAUCGAGAGCAAUAGAAAAUAUCAAGAAGCAAAUUUGCAGAACUUUUAAUGAACAUAAUUUAAAGAUUACAAUGGAAGCUAACAAAAAAUGUGUCAAUUACCUAGAUGUCACAUUUGACCUAAGAAAUUCCUCGUUUAAACCGUACAUGAAACCGGGAAAUACGCUUCAAUAUGUCCAUCGUCAGAGUAAUCACCCACCCGCAGUUUUAAAGGCAAUUCCUGAUGCAAUUAACAAUCGAUUGUCCAACAUCUCGUCUGACGAACAAGCAUUUAAUUCAGCUUGUCAUCCAUACCAAGAUGCUUUACAUAAGAGUGGUUACAACCACAAGUUAAAAUACAAUCCCCAGCAUGCAAAGACAAAACGCACUAGAAACAGAAACGUUAUAUGGUUUAAUCCAACUUACAACUCUAAUGUCAAAACGAAUAUCGGACACAAAUUCCUCCAAGCAAUUGAUGAUUGCUUCCCUAAAAACAAUCCUCUCCAUAAAAUAUUUAACAGAAAUACCUUGAAGCUGAGUUACAGUUGCAUGCCCAACAUUCGUAAUAUAAUUUCUGGGCACAAUAAAUCUGUAGUAAAUAAGCUCACCUCAACAGAUGCGUCAACAUGCAGCACGAAACCAAGACAAUGCAAUUGCAGGAAUAAGUCCUCGUGUCCACUGCCCGCGGUAAAUGUAUAACAUCCAGCGUAGUAUACCAAGCAACGGUUGUUAGGAACGAUACGAAUCAAAAGGAAUCGUAUGUUGCACAUACUGAAGGACAGUUCAAAUCCAGAUAUUAUUGCCACACUAGCUCAUUCAGAUUAAGCAAAUAUAGAAAUGCCACAGAGCUGAGCAAAUACAUCUGGCAACUUAAAGGGUAGAAGGUGAAGUACUCCAUCAACUGGCGUAUUAUAUUAAGCAAUGCAAGAGCUACAACAACACAACGAAACGCUGCAGUCUUUGUACACAUGAAAAAUUCAUCAUAAUCCACCACCCUGAACUUUGUUCUUUAAAUUCAAGAAGUGAACUUUUGUCGAAAUGCAGACAUAGAAACAAAUUUCUCUUAAGCAAUAUACACUACUUAAUAUAAUCUGUAUAUAUAUGCAUGUAAUCUAUACGUAAUUUAAUACUUGAACAUUCCGUUUACAUCAAACAUGUAUAUAGUAUAUAUAACCUUGGCAACAACAUAGCGCGACAUUUAAAUUCACCUGAUGAGUGUGGCAAGCAUUGCUUGUCAUACAGUACGAAACAAGUUUGUAGUGAAUAAAUCUUAUGAAGUAAACCAGGUUUAUUUUAUCUUUAUAUAUAUAUAUAUAUAUAUAUAUAUAUAUAUAUAUAUAUAUAUAUAUAUAUAUAUAUAUAUAUAUAUAUAUAUAUUUACAUUAUUUACGUUGUACCAAAUUAUAUGUGUGCACAUGUUUUGUAUUUUCCACAAACCAAAACAUAGACUGUAUUAUCGCAAUGAAACUUACAAAUAACUAAUUUAUUUCCAGUUGUUUUGCUGGUAAUUGGUUUUAGCAACCCAUUGAGCAUGGCAGUCGUUGAAGGAAGUAAUGUUGUUCUUACUAUUGAGGUCACUGGACAACUCACAACUCAAAUUUCUGCUACGUAAGUGGAAUAACUUUUUUCCUCUUUUCCUAAGAUUAUUGUUUGUACUGUGAUACACAAAUUCCUCAAAAUGUAUUCAAGAGCAAAGGACAAAAAGUUCUUUUGGACAAAUUUGCUAGACAGGGGCGCAUCCGUGCAGGUCUUAAGCUGGCAGAUGCCCAAGAGCUUGCAUUUGUAGGGUGGGGGGGAGCGAGGAUGUUCUCCUCCGGGAAAUUUUGAAAUCUAGAACCUGGGAAAUGCAAUUCAUACAUCAGAGUCACAAAAUUAUUUGUUGCAUUUUUGGAAAGACAUGCAAAAAGACUUGAAUCUAUAUUGCAAAACAACAUAAUUUCUCCAUAUAAGAAAAAAAACAUUUGCUCCUACAAGUGUAAUAGCAGCAUUGGCAAUAAGUCUCUAUGCCAGUCCGUAUUGUUCUUCUUGUGGCCUUGACAUUUCUAUUGAAAAACAUUUCGGCAGAAAAUCACGAACUGUAACUACACACAUACUGUACUGUGUAACAAAGAUGUAUACAGUGUGCUACACUAGUUGCAUUGCUGGACUAACAGGACAGUGUUAUUAUGUUGUUUAGAAACCACUUUCCCCUAUUAAUUUCCAGUUGUUUUCCCAUGUUCCAUGAGAAAGAUUUUCUAGCAUUAGAAUUUAAAGUAAAAUAAAAUAAAAUAUCAUGCAUAAAGGUAUUUUGUGCUUUAGUGGGUAACUUAUUUAUAUAAAACUCUGUCUUAUGCUGCUAAUCUGUGUCUGGCAUCAGUUGUUUAAUAUCAUUCACCCGUAGCUGCCUUUGACAUGAACCGCAUGGUGAAUUAUAGCCCACAUGAUUGAUUUAAUGAACUAUCUUAGUUGGAUUUUUUUUAUUAACUUUACAAUCAUAUUAUAUAAAAAAAUACACAUACAGCUAUGAUUGAAGGAUUGGACAACAGAACAAGCAUCCCAUACUAAGUCCACCCAUCUAACACUAAAACACGACAUACUACGGACUGCAAACUGGACAACGUAAAUACUGAUUUUACAGGCUUUUAUACUAUAUAAAACAUGCAAGAAUAAAUACACAACUAUACUACUCUAAAAUUAUUUGUGCCGUUCAGUUUUGACCCCCCCCCCUCCCCAACACCACCACCACCACCACCUCUAGUUAGAACCAUGAACCACUUACAUGCAGGUUCUUACCAAUAUCUUGAAGUACUUCCAGUAAUUGGGUUAUGCAUGAUCUGUUUGGACGGAAACCGUGUUGAAGAUCGUGGAGCGAUGGUUUGAUGAAUUCAUAAACUUGCCUGUGGACUAUAAGCUCGAGAACUUUACAGAUUAUACAGAGAAGUGAAAUCGGACGAUAGUUAUUGAUUUCACUUGUAUCAUAUUUCUUUGGUACUGGAAUGUUUGCACGUUUCCACUCGCUAGGAACUUUGCCGUGGGCAAGCGACAUUGCGAAAAGUUCAGUUAAAGAUGGCGCCAGUUGUUUCGCACAUACUCUCAAUGUCGCUGAUAUUCCAUCAGGACCAGUGGCUUUGGUGGUACAAAGACCAGGCAACAAAGAGCAAACCUCUUCAACAGGAAUUGUUAUAGACUCCAGACCAACGGCAUCCGUGCUGUACACAGGUGGUAGAUCUGUCGCCGAGGUAGAUGGUGUAUUCGGUCGAAACACGGAUGCGAAGUAGGAAUUGAAUGCGUCAGCUUUUGCUUGCGAUAACGAGAAACGCGAAUCGCCCAGUGCCAUUGUGUCGGGAAAGGUAGACUUGUUGGAUUUGUAUUUAAAGAAACGCCAAAAUUCUUUUGAGUUAUCUCCCACAGACUCGGCAAGUCCUUGAAUGUACUCGCGAUUCUUCUUACGUAUUUCGGAUUUAAUUUUUCUCCUCAAGUCACGAAACCUCUCCCACAAUUCUGGGGAAUUUGACUUUUUUGCUUUCUUUCUGAAAGUUUCGUUUUUCCGAAUUUCAUGCACGAGAUCGCUUGUAACAUAGGGUGGAGAACCUUUCGAUUUUGUUGUAAAUUUCGGAAUGUAAGUAUCAACGGCGGUAACAACCGUGUCUUUCCAUUUCAUCCAGGCGAUGUCAACAUCAUUUUCGCUUGAUACGAUGUAACUUAAAUUUAACAGGUUCAAGGCCUCACGCGGACCGUUAAAAUCUCCUUUCUUGUAGUUGUACAUCGUACGUUUUGUUUGUUGUUUCGUUUUUAUUGUAAUAUGCACGCCAAAUGUAAUGGCUCUGCGAUCUGAUUUUACGCACGUUGAAGAGUCAUCAACAACUUUGAUAUUGUUAAUAAUUUGUUCAUCAUUGACAAAUAGCAAGUCAAUCGUGUUCUUACAACGAGUAUGAGAAGUAAUCAUUUGUAAAAGCCGGCUUCAUUAAUUGAAUCGAUGAAAUUAAUGUCCGAUGAAAUGUCCGAAAAUCCCGAGCCGUCUAACCAAUUAAUGGAAGGAAAAUUGAAGUCUCCAAUUAAAAUUAAAUCUUUGAUCAAGUACUUGAAAAAUUCCUUCAAUUGCUGAAUAAAUUCUGGUCCAGCAUCAGGUGGACGAUAGCAAACGGACACAAGAAUAUUUUUGUUCAUGGUCUUGAUGAAAACACUUGUGAGUUCUAAUCCCACUAUGGUAAUGUGGUAUGUGGUAAUGUGGUAUUUCAACUGGUAUGUUUUCUUUAACAGCAAGUAGUACACCUCCUCCUCUUUUUCCAAAAUCUCUAUCUUUGCGGUAGAUAAUAUAGCCGUGCGGUAAAUUGUUUGUCAAAUGACCUGCCAAACUGUACAAUGGUAAACAUGACAUAAUUGAAUCAUGUCUUCUAUUAUUUUGUCCCUUUUGCCUGCCUUUCAACUAAUAAUAAUACAGUACUCUUUUGAGAUUUUGUCGAUGUAGAAGGGCUGCAAAGUAGUAGUAUAUUGAUCAACAAUUUCCCUAUGUUAUUAUAUAAAUGCAUAUCUUUGUCAAAUAUAUCCAUACAUUUAUCAAUGUAAUCCUCAGGAUGCCAUGCUGGCUAUCCAAAACAUAGUAUUGGGACAAUUAGCAAUACAAAUAUAUAAUUUUAUUAAUUAUAUUUUCCAAACUAUACCAUUUUUGUGAGCAAAUUUCAUAAUUAUAACCUAUAUACACCAGUUAGUGCAGUAUAUACAGUAUUUAUACCGUACAUCAUUUUAUCAUUCUGAGAUUAAAAUCUAUCAAGAGAAUGUCAUAUGCAUAACUUAUAUCAAAAUAUAUUUGCACAGACAAAGUAUAUAAACACUCAACUAUGGUAGGCGAACAAGCCCAUGUAAUCAUCUUUGUUUGCAAAUUAUCCAGUGUACAGUAAUUGCCCAAUAACUCAGGCAAUGCAAAGCAAGUGCCCCGUCACGAGGCUACCAGCUCAUUUCCAUAUAUAUAAAAUGAAAAUGAAAGGUAAUAGGAGAUACGACUGGAACUUGCAACUUGAACCAAUUACCUUUCAUGUCAACUCCCCCUUAGUCACCUAAGUUCUAACCAACAUUGCAUCACUAUUAGAAAUCUGAGUAACCUGCACAUUCAGAGCCUGAUGCAAUUAGUUUCAUUUUUGUUAUCCAGUCAAACAUGUGCGAGGAGAAAUGUCAAUUUCACAUAAUAACAACAAGCUAAAUAUAGUUACAAUCACCAAAAAUAUAUCAUCAUUUAAAUUAUAAAAACAAUUAUCCAAACAAUAUAUUAAAUACGGCAUGAAUACUCAUGCUAGAAAUAGCCAAUCAGAAUUACAACCAUAAAAGCAGUUGUAGGACACAGACAUUUAAUAACAUGUGUAUCAGAUCUACAUUUUUCUUUAUUCGAGAAGAGAAACUGCACUUACUUUAGAGCCCUGGCUCAGUUCGAGUUUCACAUAGACUGAUAGACUACAUAGUGGCCAUUUUAGAGUAUAAAUAUUCUUCAAUUCGUCAUGUAAUCGGUUGAAAGAUUAGAUUCAUUUCAAUUUUCAAGCCUUGGAAUCGGUUCGACUGUAAAUUAUUUGUUCUCCGUCAAUUUCGAGGGAUAUAUCUUCGAAAAGGAUCGGACUAAACAUUUAUUUGUCAUAUCAUAUAUUUAUUUCCAUAUCUUUGCCGCCAUGGCUUGAAUCGUGUGUCUCGUUACGUCACAGUUGAUUUGAUUUUUCAAUUUGCAUCAGUGGACCGAUACGUGCGCCCGCAAUCUGCAUGCGAGGCAUCGCUCAUCGGACAAAUCUACCGUGACGUAGGGCUCUUAAGGAAUAGAUUUGAUGAUGUCACAGUAGAUUUCACGCGGAAAAGGACUCGGGACCGAUGCAUUCACUGACGCAAAAUGAUGCAAACCAAAUCUACCGUGACGUAGGUGAUGCAUUGGCUUCUACUGUGACGUCAAAGGAAGCCGUAAAAAAUAACAUAUUUUGUCGCAAAAUUAUUGACGCUUAUAAGUAUCGCAAAAUAAAGUAAAUAACAGAAAGUAUACAUUUGCGAUCGCGCGUCGCAUAUUGGAAUUAUUUUGACAAUUUCGACUGUGAUUGACACUAUUUAAAUUGGAUUUCAUCCUAAUCAGUGUAUUCUUUCCAUAGAUUUAAUUUUAAGCAAAGAUUUGCGGUUUGAUAGGAGAUAUUCUAUUACUGAGUGCUUGACUAUUGACGACACCAUAACAUGUCUCUAUAUUAUUUCAAGCAACAUGAUUUCUCAAUUUUGACCGAUGCAUUCGCAUCAUUGGCAUCGGCCUGGAUCUGCCCCUGUCGCUGGAACUGAUCAGCGUAGCACGCACUCUGUUCUCGUGUGUAUCCCUUGUAACUUGAGUGAUGACGUAGUUGAAUAAUGUGUGGUUCUAUCGCGGUAGAAUAAUAUAGAGUUCUAGAGUUUAUGUAGUUUUUCGGUCGGUAAUUCCGUGUGAUUGCGAGUUCCUCUUCCCAAAUAUUUAAGGGAAAACCUGCCCUAACAAAGUUAAAGAUGGGAAAUUACCUUUCAUGCACUUUAUGUCGAAGCCGAAAUGUGCUUUACUCAAACGAAAAUGCGAAAAAAACGCAAAUAUUUCGUUGACUCAAACAUCGACAAAGCUGGUUUGCAUAAAAUGGUUAUAGGAGAAACUAAAUUUACGGACACCCCACAAUAUGCUACAUGUUUUGUUUAAUUUAAAUUUUCAUGCAUAUUAAAAUAUUACUAUCAUUAGAAGUCAGAAAAUAUACGUACGAACAGGGGCGGAUCCAGACCGAUGGCAACGAUGCGAAUGCAUCUGUCAAAAUUGAGAAAUCCUGUUGCUUGAAAUAAUAUAUAGACAUAUUAUGCUGUCGUCAAUACUUGGUCAAGCACUCAGUAAUAGAAUAUCUUUGAAUCUCUCCAGCUAUCAAACCGCAAAUAUUUGCUUAAACUUGACUCCAUGUCAGGAAUACACUAUUUAGGACGAAAUCCAUUUUAAAUAGUCUCAAUAACAGUCGAAAUUAUCAAAAUAAGUCCAAUAUGCGACGUGCGAUCGCAAAUGUGUACUUUCUGUUAUUUACUUUUUAUUUUGUGACACUUAAGCGUCAGUAAUUUCGCGACAAAAUAUUUUUUUACCACAUCCUUUGACCAUAUAACUAUGCUUUGACGUCACAGUAGAAAGCUGAUGCAUCACCUACGUCAUGGUAGAUUUGGUUUGCAUCGAUUUUCAGCCAUUUUGCAUCAGUGAAUGCAUCGGUCUCGAGUCCUUUUCCGCGUGAAAUCUACUGUGACAUCAUUAAAUCUAUUGUUUUAGAGUCGUACGUCACGGUAGAUUUGUCCGCUGAGCGAUGCAUCGCAUGCAGAUUGCGGGCACUCGCGUCGGUCCACGGCGGCAAGGAUAUGCAAACACUAUAUGCAAAUGAGACAAAUAAUGCGAAGAAAUGGCCGUCGAAAUUGACGGAGAAAACGGAGAACAAAUCAUUUACAGUCGAAUUAAUAACCAAGGCUUGAAAUGAAUCUAAUCUUUCAACUGAGUACAAGAAUUAAAGUAUAUUUAUACUAUGAGAUGCCCACCAUGUGAAACUCGAACUGCAUGAGGGCUCUAAAGUAAGUGAAAUUUAUCUGUAUUUUGCAUUGUAGUUCAUUGCUCAGUUCAAGAAGUGUAUAAAGUGGAAAAUGGGCUCCACAGUUAAUGCAGAUUUGUACGUAUUAACAUAAUAAUUAAAGUUUCUGUCUAUUUAAUACUGUUGCUUAUACCUUGCAGCAAGGGGGGGGGGAUGAGGUUGUUUGACAUUUUACAGUCUUUACAGAGGUUUGCUUGUCUGGAGGCAAACCAGCCCCAAUACCAAACUUGACAGCUUGCUUUACUGAGGCAAAUUUCAUCUCUGUUUACAUGGAAUUGUAACUUGUGCCCAGACCUUAAUUUUUCUCACAGCUGGUAGGCAAAGAAAAAUGAAGAUCUGAUACACAUGUUAGUAAACAUUUGUGUCCUACAACUGCCUUUAUGGUUGUAACUCUGAUUGGCUAUUUCUAGCAUGAGUAUUCAUGCCAUAUUUAAUGUAUUUUUUUGAUAUUUUUGUUAAUGCUAUAUAUAAUUAAAUAAUUAUAGAUUUAGUGAUUGUAACUAAGUUAUCUAUACUUAGCUUGUUGUUAAAUUAUGUGAAAUUGACAUUUCUCCUGGCACAUUGUGAUUGGAUACCGGUACUAAAAAUAAAACUAUGAUGUGGGUUAAGACUUGCACCAGGCUCUGUAUGUAAUUACAGUGCAUAAUAAUAUUGCAGGUUAAUUAAUGAGAUUUCUAAUAGUGAUGCAAUAUUGGUUAGAAGACUAAGCGGAAGUUUACAUUGAAAGGUAAUUGGUUCAAGUUGCAAGUUCCAGUGGUAUAUCCUAUUACAUUUCGUUUUCAUUUUAUAUGGAAAUGAGUUGGCAUGCCUCGUGACAAGAGUCUAAUUACUUCGCAUUGCCUGAGUUAUCUGAGUUAUAUAGAUGAUUACCUGGGCUUGCUCGACUACCAUAGUUGAGUAUAUAUGCUUUGUUUGUGCAAAUAUUAUUUGCUAUAAGCUGUAUAUGUAUUCUCCUGACAGAUUUUAAUCUUAGAAUGAUAAAAUAAUGGACGGUAGGCCUAUAAAUACUGUAAAUAACUGUAACUGGUGUAUAUAGGUUAUAAUUAUGAAAUUUGCUCAUGACAAAAGUGGGAUAGUUUGGAAAAUAUAUUUAAUUAAAUUAUAUAUUUGUAGUUCUAAUUGUCCCAAUACUAUGUUUUGGAUAGCCAGCAUGGCACCCUGAGGAUUACCAUUGAUAAGUGUAUGGAUAUAUUUGACAAAGAUGUGUAUUUAUAUAUUCCUCAAUACUACUGUGCAGCCUUUCUACAUUGACAACAUAUCUUAAAAGAAUACUAUAUUAAUAUUAGUUAAAAGGCAGGCAAAAGGGAACAGAUAGAAGACAUGAUUGAAUUAGGUCAUGAUAUAUUGUUUAUCAUUGUACAGUUUCCAACAAAGAUAGUUCAUUAAAUCAAUUUACACACAGUCUCUAUUGAUUUAAAAUUUGUAGUUGUGUGUACCUUGUUAUACUUAUAGAAUUAUAAACCCAUGCAGUGCUUGUUGUGUGUUAGUUUACUGGUUUCCUGGUCACAGGGCAAUUAAUAUUCUCAGUUUUCAGAGUGUGGGCUAUUCACUAUGCAGUUCACGUCAACGGCAGCUAGGGGCGAAUGAAAUUGACCAACUGAUGUCAACCACACAGUCCAUACAGAGUAAGAUUAGCAGCAUAAGACAGAAUUGUAUAUUAAUAAGUUUACCCACUAGAGCACAAAAUACCUUUAUGCACCAUUCUAAUGCUAGAAGGUUUUACUCAUGGAGCAUUGGAAAUUAGUGGAAAUUAAUAAGGGAAGGUGGUUAAAAAACAACACAAUAACACUGCCUUCUGAGUCCAGCAAUGCUACUAGUGGAUCAUACUGUAUACCUUUGUUACACGUAUGUAUGUAUUUGCGUUGUCGUGAUUGUUUGCCGAAAUGUUGUUCAAUAGAAAAGUUAAGGCUACAAGAAGCACAGUACUGACUAUUUUUCAAUAGAGACUUAUCUACCACGGCUACUAUAACACUUGUACAAGCGAAUAUUUUUUCUUAUAUGGAGAAAUUAUGUUGUUUUUGCAAUAUAGGUUCAAGUUUUUACGUGCUUUCCAAAAAUGCAGAAAAUAAAUUUUUGACUAUGAUGUAUGAAUUGGAACAAAAGAGUUCGCCCAGAACGCAGGAAAUCGCAUUUCCGGGGUCCUAGGCCCCCUACAGAUGCGAGGUCUUAGGCAUCAGUCAGAUUAGGAACUGGAUCCGCCCCCGCGUGAAUAGAAACAUAACAACACAAUAACCUCAGGAAUAAAAGAGGAAACAAAGCUUCCGAUCCAAGAGCUGUUUAGAACUGAAUUGAUUCCCCCUCUGCUUUCACAUUUUAUUUAGGGCCACUGUUUCACCUGCAAGUGCCAGUGAUGCAGAUUUCAAUGUACUUUCAUCAACUGAACUAAGUUUUCGUCCUGGUGUUACUAAGGAUACAAUUGCCAUAGCAACCGAGGAUGAUUCGAUAACAGAAGAUGAGGAGGUAUUUGUUGUCACUCUAUCAACUACCAAUCCAAGUGUGCAAAUUGACAAAGCUAAGGGAGUAACAACUGUUACUAUUAAAGACAACGAUGGUAAGUACAUUCCAGAGGCCACAUUCGUAUCACGACUUAUGUCUAUGUAUCACAGAUAAAUUCUUUAUUACAUCAAUUUAAGAAGUAUAUUGAGGCUCUAUGAGUGUUUGAAUAUUUUAUUUAAGACUGAUUGGGAUUAAGUACCACGCAAAAUUUACCAUCGCCAAAUUCUAAUAUCCAUCUUUGUUUAAAUUGAGUUUCUAAAUCAUAUUUAAAUUCUAAAUGCUAAAAGUGUGCAUGGAAAAUUUUUUUAUAGCUACUCCGGGACAGUAUAUUACUGGCUUUAACCUGGGGCGAGUUAAACCAUGUGUAGUUGAUUUAAAACAAAUUCAUUUGAUAAAAAGCGAGUUGAGACGAUCUCAGUUUAAAUUGGGGAAUUCCUAUGCCAUUAAUUUAAAUCAAGUUAAGUUCUAACACAAGGCAAUUUUAUAUAUCAAACUUCAAGUUAAAAAUUUAUUACUUUUCGCUCGUAAAUGAAACGAAGUGAAGUAACUAAUAACCGGAAUUAAAUACAAACAAAUGCAAAUAUGCAGCUACUAAAAAAACCUAUGUUCAUGAUUUUAAUUUUUGAUAGCGCUCCAUCCAACUUCAAGCGAUUCAACGUCUUCAUCAAAUAGUAACACCUGGGUUCUUAUUGGAGCUGUGGCUGCAUCAGUAGUUGUCAUCGUGACGUCAAUAUUCAUUGCUGUUUGUUGUUUCCGCCAAAGAAAUAGGAGAUCAAGAGAGAACGCGAGAGACAUCGGUAAAAUCGAAAACCCUGCCUAUGAAGGUUGCGGACAACGAAGUUUACAACCACCACAAUUAUGCGAUUCUGAAAAUCAUUACGAACAACCAACAGUGUACCCACCACUGACCAGUUCUGCGAAUGUUACCAUUGAUGCGCAUUACCAAAGUUUGCAUUUGGAUGAGGAUUGUUACGAGAGAGUGGACUUUUAAAGCUUUGCACAUUACUUGAGAUUUUCGAAUUGCAAUAACAGUUUCAUAGUUUUGUUAAUUUCUGCAUUUCUAUAUUUUAAUCAAUAUUUUAAUCACGUUUGUUAAGUAGUUACUGUAUGUACUUCGUUACAACCAAACUAUUCUAAAAAAACUAAAUAUUUUUAAUAAGUAAUGCCUCUAUAACAGACAUUUCCAUAUUUCUUCACCUAUAUAUAUUCACCUAUAAUAUGUAAUAAUUUCAUCAUCUGCAUGUGAUGUUGACCUAAGUUGAGUAAGAUGUCGAUUAAACAGUUUUGAAAAUGAUUGCUGUUUUCAGAGUGCAUGUUGAUAUUUUGUUACGGAACACAUCACUAAAUCGGUAAGAAGUAGCCAGCUAAAUACAUCCGGUGUUCGUAGCACGUUACCUAAUUGUGCAGUGACGUUUUCCAAAUUAAGGAAACUUGACAAGGUGUAUCUUAACAAAUAAGAAAAAUUUUCAGAUACUAGUUUCGAUAAUAGUUUAGCUGUUCGCCCAGGCAUCCAGAAGGGUCUCUAACACUGACAUCAAUGUAUCAGUCUUUUCAUGAGUAUAUCAGCAAAACAUGUUGUUGCCUCAAUUGUUGUUAACUUUAGCUCCACCGGGUAUGAAGGGACUCGACCACUUAAUCAGUUUCACUCUAUGUUGUUGGAAAUAACUUGCUAAACAGUUUUGUAAUUUCAACUUCAACAAAAUAUUAUGUAUCAAUUUGGAAACUAUAUCAAUAAACUGACAAUUUAGGUAGCUUUAGGAACUUUAAUGGGAACACCAUUAUCAAAUCUGGAAGAUUUUGUUAACAUUGUUAUACAUUUUACAGUAUGUGUAAAAAUGCAAUGCAAUUUUGAAUAUUGUACUCGGCUUAAAUUUGGAUAGGUGCAAUUAAAUACCGAUUUUGUAACUGCAAC